AUGGCGUCCGGUCACAUGACCCAUUCCAAGGUCACUCCGUACCUCAUAUACCUGGUGUUUAUCACCACAUUGGGUCCCCUCCAGUUCGGGUAUCAUCUGGCCGAGCUUAAUGCACCUCAGGCUGUCAUUACCUGCGAACGGAAGAGCAUUCAUUCCUCCGCCAACGGCCUACCGCAAUGCAUCCCCAUGAACUCCUCGCAGUUCGGCCUGGUAUCGUCGAUAUACACUCUUGGUGGCCUUCUGGGAGCCCUGUUAGCAGGGCCCGUGUCAACAAAGCAUGGACGUUUGUUUGCUUUACGGGCAACGACUAUAUUCUUCAUCCUUGGGCCGGUGGCCGAAACUCUUGCGCCCAGCAUCCCGAUACUAGGCCUUGGUAGAUUAUUGUCCGGCGUCGGGUCCGGAGCAGCUAUUGUCGUAGGUCCUAUUUUCGUAUCCGAAGUUGCUCCGCCCACUGCAAAGGGGUUCUUUGGUGCUUUUACUCAGGUCAUGACCUGUGUUGGCAUCCUCCUCACGCAGACACUGGGCUACUUCCUUAGCAGGGACAGUAUGUGGAGGUUUAUACUCGCAAUCGCCGGUAUUAUCGGAGCUUUGGAACUCCUCGGUCUCGUCUUCGUCCCCGAGAGCCCUGCCUGGCUCGCUGACCGACAGAAGCACGAUCUAGCCAGAAGGGUCCUCCAGCAGAUACGCGGCAGAGAUGCAGAUAUCCAUAGCGAACUAGAAGGCAUGGGAAGCUCCACAAGAUCCGACGAUGAUGCUGGUGAGCAACAGUCACUGCUCUCACCCCCAUCCAGCAACCUGCCCCCAAAGCAACCCCCAGUCACGAUGGCACGAGUAAUCACGGACCCCGAAUACCGCCCAGCAAUCGUCGCUGUCGUCGGAAUUAUGAUAGCCCAGCAGUUUACCGGAAUCAACAGCAUCAUCAUGUACAGCGUUUCACUGCUCCAGAGUAUCCUCCCCACAACCGCAGCGCUCCUCUCCGUUCUAAUCUCGGCAAUAAACCUCGUAAUGACCCUCGUUUGCUCCCCACUCCCGGACAAAAUCGGCCGGAAGACAUGCCUCCUGUCUAGCAUCAUCGGAAUGGGCACCACAUCUAUCCUUCUAGCUCUGGGCAUCUACUUCAACAUAAAAGCCCUUUCCGCAGUUUCUGUUUUGCUCUUCGUCGCUUCCUUCGCGGUCGGCGUGGGACCCGUGCCCUUCAUCAUGGCCUCCGAGCUGGUCGGCCCUGAAUCCGUGGGCGCCACUCAGAGCUGGGCCCUUGCAGCCAACUGGAUCUCGACCUUUGUUGUGGCCCAAUUCUUCCCAAUGCUGAAUGAUGCCCUGGGUGGACGCGGGAAGAUAUACUGGCUGUUUGCGGCAAUGUCAGGUAUUUUUGCUGUAUUCAUUUACCUCCGUGUUCCGGAGACUAAGGGCAAGAAGAAUGCGGAUGAGGUCUGGGGUAGAGAGGAUCAGAGGAGGAGGGAUUAG